AACAGAAAAAUUAUAUUACUUAAAUUCCGGCCCGAAUUCUGCUGAAUUCAUUGCUUCUGAGGAGCCAAACAGAAACGAUGAGGUUCUCUUUUAAGGUUAAUUAUUACACAUUGGCUUAAAGCAAACGUUUGGUAUCUUAAUCAUAGUUAUAAUACUUUGAUGAAAGAGAGCAAUUUUAACUCGGCGGCAAUCAUAUGAUUGAGGACCGCAUUUCUUAUAUUUAUCAGCUCUAGUGUUACGUGUAUAUAUAUAUAUAUAUAUAUAACUAAUUUUUCAUACGACUUUUUGAUCACUGAACUGUUUUUUUAGAUAAAGGAGAAGUAACACACACUAACAGAUACUUGUUUGACAGAAGAUAUAUAUAAAACCGCAGCUACUUGAAGAUUACUAAGCCAAUUUGGUAAGGCUAUCCUCGCAAGUUAACUACACUAGAUAAGCAGAUCAAAGGUAUCAUUCCACAAAAGCUGAGAGAAGCUAAAAAACCUAAGAUAUUCUGAUACAACUUUUAAGUUGUACUUAACAUUUUUUUUUUGACAUUCCAACUAGCAUCCUGUCGAGCUGCUAUGAAGUUUUCUCGCGAAGUUUCAGGCGGGCCAUUAGUCAGUGCAUGACAUUUAUUAUAAAUUUUAUUUUUACUCAUUAGGUAGGUAUACAGUUUUUCAAAGUUAGCUGUAACUAGGCGGGAAUUAAACAUGUACUUAUGGUGUCUUACCCUCAAUAUUUGCAGAUUAAAUGCAAGUAAAAGGUAUGUUGUGGAUAUUCCAAAAUUUAAGAUUCCUCCUCUUCGCCUCUGCCAUGGAGUUUGUCACAGCUGACGAUCAAUGUAGGAACAAUGUAUACAUAGAAGGGAUGGCUCUCAGGUGUUCGGUCUUCAAAAGAUGGUCAGUAGCGGCUCCUCACCUCUGCGAUGUCAAAUGCGGACAAGAGAUCACAUGCCAAAGCUAUAACUACAAUCAAAAAUACCAAAUAUGUGAACUAAAUAACCGCACCAAGGAGGCGAGACCAGAGAAUUUCCUUUCAGCUCCCGCGUGGUUUUACAUCCGGCGAUUGAACGGCAGAGGUAAGAAAGUGAUUCUAAGUGAUUCGUAUUUCUUUAAAUCUUCUCCAUCCUCAGCCUGAUUCCUUCUCACCCGGAAGAACUAAGAAAAGGAAGUGAACGUAAAACAUAUCUUUACUUCAGCUCCAUUAGGUUCUAUCCCUGAAUUACCAGCGCUGUCUUGUCGGGAAAUAAAGGAUAGUGAAGGUAAACACACCAUAAGCGGCAAGUAUUGGCUCGAUCCAACUGGGAAAGGAAAGGCAAAACUGAUUUACUGUAAUAUGGUUAACGAAGGUAGGUCCUAUGAGUUUGAAUGAGUUAUUUUAUUUUGUAACGAGUUAUAGGUAUCAUGAAAUUAUUAUAAAUUAUACUAUUAUUGAUAUCAUCAUCGUAAUAUUUGGUUUGGAUCAGUUCUAUGGAGGAUGUCUCUCUCAAGUUGCUCUAACUUAGUCACUGCUUCUCUUUCCACAUUCUAGAUAUGGACGAAUGUAAAUUUAACAUCAGCGACUGCGACGUGAAUGCAAACUGUACUAACACGUAUGGUUCUUACAAAUGCACAUGUAAAGUGGGAUACACUGGCGAUGGACACUCAUGUUCAGGUAAUUUUGAAGAUUACCUUAUUAAUAUUUCUAAAUAAAACUAAUUUUUGUAAAUCGUCUGAUAAUUUAGAGCAGCGUUACCCAUGCACGCAUUUAUGCACAGAGUUACCAUGAUCUACAUCUUGCUUGUUUCAGAAUAGUCAGGUUGAUAAAUUCAACUAUUUGUGCUGAAAUUUAUGUAGCACUAAAAGAGAAACAUUUGUUUUAUAAUUUGUGAUGAUUAAAGGAAUUAACCGACUAUGAGUCAUAAAAACGAUAAGAUGCAAAAAAUGUAUCGAUGAUUUUUCAGAUAUUGACGAGUGUAAAGGAAAUCACUCUUGUCACAUGAAUGCUAUCUGCACGAACACAAAAGGAUCGUACGUUUGUACUUGUCACCGCGGAUAUACUGAAAAUGGACGCGGCUGCACAGGUAUUUGAUGCGUUUCUUUUGUAACCAUUUUCGUCAGAAAGAAAAGCACUAUCAUCGUUGUAAAACUUGUUUUGCCAUUAUACCUUGUAUUUAAAAGAGAUGAAUGUAGACCUGAAGACAAUAUUGAUGAUGACACAAUUGUUUUAAAUAAACAUUCAGGGGAAAAAAAUCUCUACUGGUAAAGGAAGACUUGAUGGAUGGGCUCACAGGACAGAACAAUGGAUUAAACUCGCGCAGAAUCAAGAAAAAAAUUUAGUGAGCGCUAAAGAGGUGUGCUUGCGUCUAGGACCCAAGAAAGCAAGAUUAAGGUUUCUAAGUUUAUGCUCGGCAACUUCUUCCCGAUUGCAUUUUUUUAAAUUUGUUUUAAAAAUUUUUGAGGAUCAAAGGAAUUAACCUUGAUGCAUUUCUUUUGAAACCAUUUACAUCAGAAAGAAAAGCACUAUCAUAUUUGCGAGGCUUGUUUUACAAGCAUACCUUGUAUUGAUCCUUUCACUCCUAAGAUCUCAUUAGUAAUUCUGUUUACAGUCUACCAUACAAUUCUUACGAUGUUAGUUCUAAGAAUUUGGUAUUGAAUCAGCUGAUAAUCCUCAAGCUGAUACUUUUUCUUAUUCUCGUCAUUUGUCUGUUUGAUAUUGUAAUGAUUUGGUAAGGAGAAAUUCUUUUUUGGUCAUUAAAGGAAGUUAGGUGGUUAAGUAAACAUUCAGUGUAAGUUAAAAAAUCUCCACUGGUAAAGGGAGACUUGAUAGACAGGCUUACAGGACAGAACAACAGAUUUAAACUUGGGGGAACCGAGAAAAACAUUUGGUGAGUGGUUGUGUGAAGCACUUGCGUCUGGAACCACAAGACAACAAGACUAGGGUUUCUUAUGUUAUGUUCGGCAACUUUUUUUUAAUUACAGUUCGUUUCUUUAGUUAUGUUUACGAUUUUACAGAUAUCAACGAGUGCAAAGGAAACCACUCUUGUCACGUGAAUGCUACAUGCAUGAACACCCUUGGAUCACAUGCCUGUCAAUGUCAUGCUGGAUAUACUGGAAAUGGACAAAACUGCUCAGGUGAAUUUAAUUUUCCGCUACAAUAUUUUUAAUAGUCCUGUAUGCCUUCCGGCUACAGCGCCGCACCAUUUAGCCGCGUUGCAAGACAAUAAGGUAAUUUAUUACUCAUUACUGGUUUUGAUUUAGGCAGCCAUUUCUCGUGUUAAAAACCUCUUAGGUAAUGUCCCUGACUUUUUAGUGAACAAUUUUGGUGACUGAUGCGUUUUUCUGCUUUAAAAUUAACCUUAUCACAAUGACUGACAGGAGCAUGAAAAUAAAAUCGCUCGUCUGGCUCUGAACCCUGUGCACAGGAUGGAUAUGUAAAUGAUUUUCCAAGGCGCUACGUUUUCGUUGACGAUCAAGAUAUAUUUGAGUGAAAAAGUUGAAAAUUAUUAUCAUCAGGUUUUAUAAAAUAGUCAAGAUACUACGAGCGCCCUGAUUGGUCAAAAAACAAUCGUUGAUUGCACCGGUAAACCUGUGGAAAAUUGAAGUUUAUAUAUGUUAUUAGAGUAACAGACCGCACUUUCUACCGGUUUACAAGCAUAGUAAACGUCUUCAGAUGUUGGGAAACCAUUCGAAAAAAAAUUAGAUCAAUCGCCUCCAGCUCGUUCUCACAAAAUCCAGCGUGGAUUAUAUCGCCAGUAAACUGAGAGAAAGAGCGAUAAAUAAAGGUUCUACAAGAACUGCGGUGCCGCGUCGAUGGGAGAGUGCAACAGGGUAAUUUAGUAUUAUCAAUUGAGUUUAUGAGGUAAAUUGGCCAAUGUAAAGGGUGUUACAGCGAAUGCUCGAAACGUCAGAUUUGAAACUCUUUACAGAGGCCAAUUUGCAUUAUCAACUCAGUUGAUAAGGUAAGCAAAAUAAUGGGGAAGGAAAAAAUCUAAAAGAAAUGGCAGGUUGAGUCCUGAAGGGAUUGUAUAUUUUUCUCUGACCUUAUCUGACCCUUUUCAUAGAACGAAAGGAAACCUUUAGGAGGUAGAGAGAAAUUACACACUCCUGGGAAAUAAUUGUGUUACUACCGAAUACCUCGGGGCUGGCAUCGUUGUUUGGGAGCUGAGAAUUAAAAAAUGUCUUAAACCUAUUUGGUAGCAUACAGUAGAGGUACAUACAACUCAGACUUAAAUGGGCGAAUAUUCAACUCAGUUGUUAACACUAAAUUACCUGCUAUAAUUAUCGAAACGUGGGUGAUGCCAGUAUUAAGAGUAAUUACGCUACACCGCAAUUUGGUCCAGUGUUUGGUGACGACCUAUCCCCCAAGGGAUAGUAUGUUUUGUGGGAGCAGCAGGAACAAGCUAGUUGUUUCAGAGCCGAUAGCUUGAUAAACUGAAAUAUUGGUGAUAAAAUAUACGUUUCAAAUAUCUAAUUCGUGGAACACAAAAAAGAGAAAAAAUUGUUUUAUUAUGUAUGAUUAUCAAAGUAAUCACUCGACUGAGAGUCCGCUCAUUUUUAAAGUGACCAACAUGAUAAAGUGCAAGUAUAUAUGUGGUUUCUCAGAUAUUGACGAAUGUAAAGGAAAUCACUCUUGUCACCUGAAUGCUACCUGCACGAACAUCAACGGAUCCUAUCUUUGUGAAUGCCACCUUGGAUUUAAUGGGAACGGUCAAAGCUGCACAGGUGAAUUUAAUCUCUUUGCUAUAAUAUUUAGAAUAUUCAUGCUCGAAUAUAACCUGAAGCUGCUGAGGUGGCCAUAUUAUUAGUUUCUCAUAUGUAGACGAUAUUGGUUGUGCCCUAAGUCUGCCUAGAGCUGUCUUUUAAUGCGUUGUCUGAAAAAGAAGGAGCUCAAAUUAAGCAGCAUUACCCAUACAUGCAUAUGCACGGAGUUGCCAUGAUCUACAUCCGGUUUGUUUCAAAGCCUUGAUGUUAGGAGAUAUCAAAAAAGAACAUCGGAGAAGAGAACAUAAUAUCUAGGUUGCACGUUUCAAAAAUCUAGUUCGUUAAAGACAAAAAAGAGAAAGCUUUUUCUUAUUAUUUGAAAUGGUUAAAGUAAUUACAAAUCGUUAGGUGACAAAAAUGAAGUGCAAAAUGCAUUUACGGUUUCUCAGAUAUUAACGAGUAUAGAGGAAAUCAUUCCUAUCACGUGAAUGUUACAUGGAUGAGCACCCUUGGAUCACAUGUAUAUGAAUGUCACCCUGGAGACACUGGAAAUUGACAAAACUGCACAGGCGAAUUUAAUCUCUAUCCAAAAUAUUCAUGACACAUUUGACUACAGCGCCGCACCAUUCAGCCGCGUUCACUCAUAACUCGUAAUAUGAGCAGCGGUUUUUUUUAAAGGACCUCUUAAAUAAUGUUCCUGACUUUUUAACAAACACUUUUGGUGAUAGGAAUGAGUAGGUUGAGUCCAGAAGGGAUCAUUGUGUAUUUUUCUCUGACUUUAUUUGACCAAUGACCAAGUCUUCAAUUUUCUGUCUUUACUGUGUACGUUCUCUCUCAGACGUUGACGAAUGCAGCGAGGCUCAUGCCAUGAAAAUGAACGAAUGCCAUCCGAAUGCAUCUUGCAAUAAUACCCAGAGCUCAUACAAAUGUUCUUGCAAUCCUACGUAUAUGGGGAUGGUUUUAAUUGCGAAGAUAAGAUUGGUUUUUUGUAUGCAUGAAGGCGAUGAAAUUUAUAUUUUGUUUCCCAUGUUGAAUGUAGCAGUGUAUUGCUUAGAGUUGACUUUCAUCCGAAAUUCACAUCGAAGAUGUUGACUUUCAUCUGGAAUUCACGUCGAGGACAUUUACAUCGAGGAGGCAUAAAUUUACGCUACUUUGUGCACAAAAAACGAAUCACUUUUUGAUUGUGUUUUAAAUGAUUUAACAACCUUACACGAACUUUUACUUGAUGCAGACAUGACACGACACUCCUUGCAGAACAAAAAAGCCCUUAAGAAUCCCUAACUUUAAAAGGUUCCCUGGUAAUAACAGCAUCUAUGAUUCUUAUUUGACUUACGCAAGCCAAUGGAUGAGUUGCCAGUAAUCGGAUCCUUGUGUUCUCGCAAAGAUUUCUGGGAUCGCCACGGAGCAAACAUUGCGUCUGUUUCGAGGUCCAAAAAGAACCAUUAUGGAGAGAGAUCAUCGCUUUUUCGCCGCUGCGCUAUCAGAAUUGCAUUAGGUUAUGCUGAUACAAGGGAAGCGUUAGUUUUGUUUGAACAACCUCGGGAUAUGAGGUAAAAUCCACCGAUUAAUGUUUCACCAUGCGCAAGGUUUAUCUUGAAAUUGACAUCCUGUACUGGUCUCAAAAUUUAAAAAUAUUAGCUAUAAAUCGCCCAAAAAUAACUCAAUUAAGCCUUUUCAGUUUCUUUUACUUGUGUUAAGUCUACUUCUAGCUUCUAGCUUUUUUCUUGGCUUGGUAAUACAAAAGAGCGCUACAAUAGCUACCUCGAAGCAGCAGGAGAUUGAAAUGGUCAGCUUGGGCAUUAAAUAUUAUCGAGAUGCAUUGAAGUGAUUAAACACCUACACUGCCUCUUUACUAUGGUAAACGAGAACGAAACGGCAUUAAUAAUCGGCGCAAAACUAAACCCUUUCUUCGCCGAGAAUGCGUAGGUACAAAUGGGUCACUUAAGGAGCGAUGCACAAGUGAAUGUAUGCCCACUGCUGGACUUUCAGUAAUUCUCCUUACUGUCUACCAUACAAUUCUUAUGAUGUUAGUUCUAAGAAUUUGGUAUUGAAUCAACUGAUAAUCCUCGAGCUAAUAUUUUUCCUUAUUCUAGUCACUUGUCUGUUUGAUACUGUAAUGAUUUGAUAAGAAGAAAUUUUUUCUUGGUCACUAAUGGGAGUUAGGUGGUUAUGUAAAAAUUCAGUACAUGGUACAAAAUCUCCACUGCCAAAGGGAGACUUGGCAGAUAGGCUUACAGUACAGAACAACGGAUUUGGACUUGGGGGAACCGAGAAAAAAUCUGGUGAGGGGUAUUGCGAAGUAUUUACGUCUAGAACCACAAGACAACAAGAUGAAGGUUUCUUAAGUUAUGUUCGGCAACUUUUUCCCAAUUACAAUUAUUUUUCCUUUUUUUUAUGUUUAUGAUUUUACAGAUAUUGACGAGUGCAAAGGAAAUCGCUCUUGUCACGUGAAUGCUACAUGCGUGAACACCCUUGGAUCACAUGUAUGUCAAUGUCAUGCUGGAUAUACUGGAAAUGGACGAAACUGCACAGGUGAACCUAAUAUCUUCCCUACAAGUACAAUAUUUAGGACAGUCCUGCAUGUAACGUUCAACUACAGCGCUGCACCAUUCAGCCACGUUGCAAGAAAAUUAGAUAAUUUAUUGCUCAUAACUCCUUUUGAUUUAAGCAGCCGUUUCUCAGGUUAAGAACCCCUUCCUGAUUUUUAAAUGAACAAUUUUGGUGACAAAUAUGUUGCUCUGCUUUGAAAUUAACCUUAUCACAAUGAUUGACAGAAUCAUGAAAUUAAAAUCGCUCGUUUGGCUCUGAACCCUGUGCACAGGAUGGAUAUGUAAGUGAUUUUCUAUGGCGCUACGUUUUCGUUGACGCUUAAGACACAUUUGAGAGAAAAAGUUGAAAAUUGUUAUCAUCAAGUUUUAUAAAAGAAUUAAGAUACUACGAGCACCCUGAUUGGUCAAUAAACAAUCGCUGAUUGCACCGAUAAGCCCAUGGAAAAUUGAAGUUUAUGAUAUUAGAGUAACACACCGCUCCUUCCAUCGGUUUACCAGCGUAGUAAACCUUUUUCAGAUGUUGGGAAACCAUUCGAAACAUAAAAAGUAAAUCAAUCGCCUCCAGCUCGGACUUACAAACUUAUCUCGUGUUUAUAGUGUAUUGUGAUGUCCACGUGUGGAAAUGAAUGAUGUAAUACACUUAACAGGACCUACGCAUUUGUAUAUAUAUAGCGUGUACUUAAUUUACUCUGAGAGUUCUUUCGGUUUAGAGUAAGAGUGUACCGGACGUAAAUAAACGGUUUUAACUUAACCACGGUGUAACAAAUUGUUCUCACAAUAUACCAGGUGGGUUAUCUCACCAGUAAACUGAGAGAAACAUCGAUGAAUAUAGAGGGUAAGGUUCUACAGAACUGCGGUGCUGCAUCGGUGGGAGAGUAUAACAGGGUAACUUAUUAUUAUCAACUGAGUUGAUAACGUAAAUUAGCCACCGUAAAGAGUUUUAAAGCGAACGUUCGGAACGUAAGCUUGGAAACUCUUUACGGUGGCCAGUUUACAUUAUCAACUCAGUUGAUAAUUAAAAAAAAAGAGAGAGAGAGAGAGAGAGAGAGAGAGAGAGAGAGAGAGAGAAAGAGAGAGAGAGAGAGAGAGAGAGAGAGAGAGAGAGAGAGAGAGAGAGAGAGAGAGAGAGAGAGAGAGAGAGAGAGAGAGAGAGAGAGAGAGAGAAGAGAGAAGAGGCAAAAAACUCAAAAGAAAUGUCAGGUUGAGUCCUGAAGGGAUAGUGUAUUUUUCUCUGACCUUAUCUAACCCUUUUCGUGGAACUAAAGAAAACCUCUAAGAGGCAGAGAGUAAUUACACACUCCUGAGAAAUAAUUGUGUUACCACCGAAUUCCUCUAGGCUGGCAUCGUUGUGUGGGAGCUGAGGAUCAAAAAUGUUUUAAAACGCAUCUGGUAGCAUCCAGUCGAAGCACAAAGAGGAAACAUAACUCUUUGUGAUGCUAUAGUUUUAUUUUAGUUCCUCUGUGCAUCAUGAUUGUCCAGCGCAAAUUAUUCUUUAGAUUUUACUUAAUGCAUCGUUGUUCAUGUAAAACACAAGUCCUGUCUGCUUGUUGUCGAAUUGAUUGACUGAAAAAACGUCAACAACAACAAAAUAUUAUCUUUGAUACUACAAUCUUUUUGCAAUGUUUAUUAAUUUAAUAGCCGACCCAUGUAAUAAUUAUCAAAACUAGGGUGAUGCCAAUAGAAAGAGCAAUAACGCUACACAGAAAUUUGAUCCAGUGUUUUGUGACGACUUAUUCCCUGCGAGGUGAUACUGUUUUGUGAGAGCGGCAGGAACAAGCCAGUUGUUUCGGAGCCGUUAGCUUGUUAAGUUGAAAUAUUCGUAAGGAAAUAUACGUUUCAAAUAUCUAAUUCGUAAAACACGAAAAAGAGGAAAAUUUGUUUUAUUCUUUAUAAUUAUCAAACUAAUUACACCAUUGAAAGUCCGCCCAUUUUGAAGCGACAAACAUGAUAAAGUGCAAAUAUAUAUAUGGUUUCUCAGAUAUUGACGAAUGUACAGGAAAUCACUCUUGUCACGUGAAUGCUUCCUGCACGAACACCAACGGAUCCUAUCUUUGUGAAUGCCAGCCUGGAUUUAAUGGAAAUGGUCAAAACUGCAAAGGUGAAUUUAAUCUCUUUGCUAUAUAUUUAGAAUAUUCCUAGUGAAUCUAACCUGCAGAUACUGAGGUGGCCACAGUCGGCCAUAUUAUUAGUUUGUCAUUUGUAAACGAUACUGGUUGUGCCUUAAGUCUGCCUAGAGCUGUCCUUUACUGCGCGUUCUGAAAGAGAAGGAGCGCAAAUUCGAAUUAAGCUGAACUCAUUUGGAUCUCCGUUAUCACUAUUUUAGCCUCUUGGAGUGAUGAUAUCCUACACAUGUACUACUUGACUCUUAAUUAAUGCAUACUCAUUUUUCUUGUGAAGAACAAUUUUCAUCGCUUUUUGGCAAGCUGCCAGAAUAAUAAGACGUUGGAAAAAAUCUUGAACCGUGGACUUCAAUAACCCAAGUCCUAUUGCAAUUUUCAUUUCACUUUGUAGCCGAUCCUUGCUAUCAUUAUAAAAACCUGACUGAUGCCAAUAGAAAGAUAACUUACGUAACACCUCACGGUUCAGAGUUGUGUGACAAACAACUCCCUGAGGGAUGGUAUCGUUUUGUGGGAGCUGCGGGAACAAAAAUGCCAACAACACGUGUGCCAGCAUACAGAUGUGGUACACACUGGUCAGGCUGGUUGGAUGGUGCUCCUCCUACAGUGGAAGAUGGUGAAGUUCGCAAGGUGGUCUGCUUUAGUGAUCGCUCUACUGGUUGCAGACACUCAGUGCUUAGCUUUGUAAAAAACUGUUCAUCCUACUUCAUCUACAAACUUUACCCAACAUCUUCUUGUGCCUCACGCUACUGUGGUACAGACUGAAUAUGAAGCAAAUAGACUUGGCGAAGUAAAAGGAUUCAUAAAUCGAACCGUAGGUACAUGUGUAUAGGGUUUUUAACAUGUGACGUGAUUAACUUUUUUCUCUAUCGUAAACAAUAUCAGCAGAUUUUAACUUUGGUGGCAAACAGGUAUUUAUUUCAUUAGAAUGAUAAUUCUCAUCAGACAUAGCCUGUCAUCAAAGAGAGUUGCGCGAAGGAUAUUCAUAGUAAAUUAAAAAUCUGCAAGACGCAAACUCCCAAGCUUCUGGUUUUCGAGCCUUUCAUUUAUUUAUUUUUUUCCCUUUUCAUCCUUCUAUGGCUGUAAAUAUUAACCGUGGUUUAUUUUAGCAUAAGUCAAUGGAAUACAAGCAGGCACUAUCUUAGUUAUAGGCGUAGCAAAAAAUACGUGAUGGUAGUCGAAAUUUGAUGUCCUAUGAAAUUACGCAAAGUUAACGUAAUAAUUGUGACUCAGUGUUUUGAAACGUAGAACGAAUUUCCGGACACACAGUAAGCAAAAUUCAAUGGUUUAGGCUGUCGUAACCGUGUGUCAAAUGCGUCCGAAUCGACCAGAAGUCAUUCGAACUGGUUCGCUCACAUCUCAGACUGAUUUUGAAUCUAAGUUCAAGAUCUAUACGAAAUGGUUUCAAAGUGUCCCUUUACAGCUUAUUUAACUAGGCACGGGCACUUCAUUCAUUCAAGGGAAAAUUUGGUAAAAUAAUUUUCGAAGCAAUUUGUAUAGGUAAUCACGCGUUUCGAGUGCAAUUUGGGAUAAAUCAGAACGGGAAAUUUUCAAAGACUAACAAAUUGCGUGAGCCCGUAAGGCAAGUCAUGUGUAUAAUUAAGUUUAAAAACUGCGUAUGGCUUUUAAAAGUUGACCAGUUUUUCUAAGGUUAAUAUUUGCCUUCAACAUGAACAGGGAAAAAGAAAAGUAUUCAGAGAUGUCUUGUGCUAAAAAUAAGUACUUACAGUAGCAAAGGUAAACACAAGUUGUAAACAACUUUUCUACAUGUGCACUAUUCGAGUACAUUACCAACAAUUUUUCACAGGAAUGUUAGAUUUGAAAUCAAAAUCACAGUUAUCACUGAAAUUUUCCUUUUUUAUCCAUCAAGAAUAUGCAAAGAAUCCUAUGAAAAAUAAUAAGCGCAGGAAAGAAACCCACCCGCCGCCCACCCCAAAGGCCACUGCCUGAUAUUUCAAUAUUCUAAGACUAGUCUUCCAAUCAUUUGAUUAUCAUUUGUCUCUAAUUUACAAGAAGAGACCUGAACACAAAGCAAAUGGGGCAAAGCAUGGCGAGUUUAUUAACAACGUAUCAAAAUACUAGAAUAAUAGAAAAAUCUCUGGUGGUCUUUCCUCGAUUAAGCGAUAUGAGCUGAGUAACUUUGUGGCUCAGCUUCUUGAGUGUUGUAGAUAGAAGGGCAUAGUGUAUGUAGUCUCAUUAUUUAACAAAAACUGUGUAUCUCUUUGUAAAUACAUUUACCUCACACGGACUAUUUUCAGCUGAGUUUCAUGAAACGAACACGAGAGUAGUCCAGUCCAGUGAAAUCCAUGGGCCAGAGUAGGUUCUCGGUACCACUCAUCUGAUGAAAGGUUAUGUGAAAGACUCCUCAAAUUCACUUCAUAGUAAUCGCGAAAGAGUAGCUUUCCCUUUUUUUGACUAGACUUAAGUCAAUAGCCAGGAAAAAAUUACGAAAUGGAAUGGAAAUGAUCGGGAAAAUGCAUGAAACCAGAACCCAGUGAAGUAAAAGCGGAUCAAUCAAUCAAAACUGGUUUUAACUUUACAUCACAACGAUUCAGUGACAAAUGGAGAAAUUUAUUGGAUAAGAUAAAAUAAGGUAAUUGUUUUUAAAACUGUCACAAUUAACAUAAUCGUGAACAUUUUUCUUGAUUAAAUUGCAAGUAAAUUUCAGAAGUAAUUUUAUAAUUCAAUUGUCAAAUAUUAUUAAGUGCACAGUAAUAAAAAAAAGCUUGUACCAAAAGGCA